AUGGGUGUGAAUUCUUCUGAAGGCAAGCAAGAAUCUCUUGUCGUCGACGAAAAGAUCCCAGUUGAAAAGUCCCUGGGUGGCGACGACGAAAUCCCGGUAGAAACAUCACUUCCUGAGCGCACAAAGGGAAGUUCUAGCGACGACGACAAACCCCAUGCUAUAAAAGAUCACCCUGGAAUCGAAAUUCCUAUUGUCAACGAUGUCGAACGUGUCGAUCAAACAAAUCUAUCCUUUGCCGCGAUCCUCAAGGGCACUGCUGCGAACCCACUCAACGUUUUCGAAAAGAAGGCCGCACUGAUCAAUGUUGAAAUUGACAACUUUGGCAUGGGCAGGUACCAGAUAUGCAUCUGGUUUCUGUGUGGCUUUGGCUACUUUUUGGACCUCGCAUGGUCGCAAGGAGUUGGAUUGAUUGUUACGGCAAUCUACCAAGAAAUGAACGUUCCUCCUCCAGAGCAGGGAAAUAUAUUCUCCAUUGCAAACGCCGGCCUGGCUUUUGGUGCGCUCAGUUUUGGUCUCGCGGUAGAUGUCAUUGGUCGCAAAUGGGCGUUCAACCUGACAUGCCUCAUCACUUCGGUUUUCGGGCUUUUGCUGGCCGCUCCAAAGUUCAACUACAGUGCGAUAUGCGCCAUCUACUUUCUAGCGUCACUCGGCUUAGGAGGUAAUAUCCCUAUCGACGCGACCAUCGCGCUUGAAUUUCUUCCUCGCAACCGCCGCUUUCUAGUUGCGCUUCUGUCCAUGUGGCAGCCCAUUGGAGUUGCCAUUGCAUCCGUCAUUGCCUAUGGUACCACUGCAAAGUGGCGCUGCAAUCCCGACUUGCCUUCUUGCAGGACUGUCGGUGACGGUGAAGCUUGCUGCACAGUCGGAAGUAACAUGGGCUGGCGCUACAACGUCAUUGUCCUCGGCUGCAUGACAUUGGCCGUGUUCUUCCUUCGCUUCUUCAUCUUCAAAUUUCACGAAUCGCCAAAGUUCUUACUCGCUAGAGGCAAAGAGGCUGAGGCCAUCGAGGUCCUGCACAAAAUCGCCAAAUUCAACAAGCAGCCGCCUCCAACAUUGACCGUAGAUAUGUUUUCUGCAAUUGAUGAGGCCGCUUCCAAUGCGACAUCUGGUGCACAUGUCAGAACCAAAACCCCUCAGGGCACGAAAGCCACAACGAAGAGUGUUAUUCAAGGGUUUGGGAAAGAAAUGACUCGUUUAAAGGGCAUAUUCAAUAAUAAGCUGUCAGCCUACAUCUUUGUCUUAUUGGCUCUCACCUACAUGGCAGACUACUGGUCAUUCAACCUGGCGGGGUCUUUCCUUCCCAUCAUUCUCUACAACAACAACGUUUCGGACGGCAGAACAAGCGUUAGCGAUACUUACGAACAGUACAUGAUAAUUUAUUUCCCUGGAAUCAUCGGCGCGCUGAUCGCGUUGGCUUCGGUUCAGAUGCCGUUGCUGGGCCGGAAAUGGUCGCUCGUCUUUUCUGCUCUCUGCCAAGGACUCUCCAUGGCCCUAUAUACCCAGGUGUCCUCGACUGCCGCUUAUGUCGGCCUGAAUGCGCUCGAAUACAUUAUGCAAACGUAUUUCAACGCCGUUUUAUAUGCGUCUGCUCCAGAGUUAUUCGACACUGUCUACCGAGGAAGUGUCAGUGGCAUGCUGUCGUGCCUAGGUCGCAUAGCUGGAAUAGUCGCACCGUACGCUGGCGCUCAGUUCCUUGCCGAAAAAAGCGCCGGUAUUCUUUGGCUAGGAGCUGGUGGCAUUUGGCUUUCCGCGGUGCUGAUGUGCUUCUUGCCAGUCGAAAUGAGGAACCGGCAAAUGUUCUAA